UCGUGCUCUGGUCUCAGCUGGUCUGCUUCUUUUCACUUCCGUUUAGUAAAGAGUCACUGUUCUUUAGAAAACAGGAUGGUGUCCCCUGCUAUUGCUUUGGCUUUUCUUCCCCUUCUGCUGACAUUGAUAAUCAGGUACCGCUACUACUUUGUGCUGUUCUACCGGGCGGUUCUGGUUAGGAUUUGGAAGGACUGUGUAACCGGUUUGAGCCGAGAAGAGCGUGCAUUCCAGUACGUUCUGACUAACUCCACACCUGGGGACCCAGACAGCAUCCUGGACGCCUUCGAUUACUGGUGCAGCAAGGUGGAGUUCAUCAGCAACAUUGGACCUAAAAAAGGUAAGAUCCUGGACCGCCUUCUGAUGGAGCAAAACCCUUUAACAGUGCUGGAACUGGGAGCUCAUUGUGGAUACAGCGCCGUGAGAAUCGCCCGGGCUCUCCCUCUUGGGGCCCGACUCUACAGCAUCGAGAUGGAUCAAGGGAACGCAGCCAUUGCUGAGAAAAUCAUCCGUCUGGCAGGAUUUGAUGAUGACACGGUGGAGCUCAUUGUGAAUCCAUCUGAUGAAGUAAUACCUCGGCUGCGGUCCGACUACAACCUGGAGAGGCUGGAUUUUGUCUUCAUGGACCACUGGAAGAAAUGCUACCUGCCUGACCUACAGUUACUGGAGGGAUAUGGUCUGCUGGGAAAAGGGUCUAUGAUUGUGGCUGACAAUGUGCUGUUUCCCGGGGCUCCAAAGUUUCUCCGAUACCUCCGGAAGUGCGGCUUGUAUGAAUGGAAGAUCCACCGAGCCACGCUGGAGUACAGCAGGGGCAUCAGGGAUGGGAUGGCUGAGCUGAUCUAUCAGGGAAUUAAAUGAAAUAUCUUUACUAUUGAAAUAAAUGUUAAUGACGGAGAAUAAUUUUAUAGCAAUUUUGUUAAGAAAACUGUGACAAAGUAAAAAUGAUCUGAUUUUAAACUAACAUUUCAGCAUGGAGUGUGUUAUUGGGAUUGUGCGUGACAGACAAAGUAGCAACUGAUGGGGAAAAAAAGUGAUUAGCGGUUCUAAAACGCUUUAAAAAUUUUAUUUCAAAAUUGAGUUGUGCCAUUGCAUUCAGCCAUGUUUGCUCUCAUACUUUGAAAUAAAAUCCAGUGCAAGCAAAUGUCUGACGGGAUAACCUAGGCUAGUAGCUAAAAGAGGGGACAAGUAGAAACCAUGCUUAUGGGACACAGAAAAUAUGUGGAAGAAGAUGCCCUGGUCAGGCGAGGCUAAAA